GCGGAGCAUUGUGGGUGAUUGUAGCGGGUCAGUAAACAUGGCGGCAGCAGCGGGCAGGAUUCUGUCCUUCAGUAGGAAUGCUAAGGUACUUGUAUCACCACUGAAAAUGUCAGCUGUAUCUGCACCACGACACUACGUAACCGUGUCAAGCACCGGGGAAGCUAUCACCCACACCGGCCAGGUGUUUGAUGAGCAUGACCCCAGAAGAGCCCGAUUCGUUGGCAGACAGAAAGAGGUGAACAGGAACUUUGCCAUCAGUCUGGUGGCAGAAGAGCCAGUCAGUGAAGUUGGUGCAAGGGUGGUGUCCUGUGACGGGGGUGGGGGAGCCCUGGGCCACCCCAAGGUGUACAUCAACCUGGACAAAGACACGAAGGUUGGCACGUGUGGCUACUGUGGGCUUCAGUUCAAGCAGAGUCAUCAUCAUUAAGACUCUUCAGUGGUUUUUCUCUCUGUACUUUGUGUUAAAUAAAUUAUAUAUGCUCCAGUA